AUGGCUGCUACUGCUCCAACAGAGAGGCGAGUGCGAUUGAAACUUCUGGUGAAAAAAGAAACCAACAAAGUCUUAUUUGCUGAGGCUGGGAAAGACUUUGUCGAUGUUCUAUUUAGUUUCUUGACAUUGCCGUUAGGAACCAUUGCAAGACUUGUACAGAAGGACUCAAACAUUGGACCUGUUACCAUAGGUUGUUUGAACUCAUUUUAUCAAAGUGUGGUAGAUCUCGACGAAGAGUGUAUGCAGACUGAGACAAGCAAAGAAAUGAUAUUACACCCAAAGAACUCUUCUGAAGAUUAUUGCACCAAUCUUAAACUUAACAUUGAUGACACUCAGCCUACAAAGUACCUCUUAUGUUUCAGGUUUGAUUGUUUCUGCAUCAACAAUGGUUAUUUCUACAAUUCAACAAACAAAAACUGUAUGGAUGGAAAACCUUUGAGUCGUUCAAUUUUUUUAAAACAUUUUGGGAAAGGAUUUGUCAAAGAAGGUGUUACUUUUGUUAUUUCUGAUGAUCUUAUUGUCAAGCCGAACUCAGUGGAAUUCACCGGCCUUAGUAUGCUUCAGAAUUAUGGAAUAAAAGACAUAAGUUCAGUAAAUCAAAUGACUCUCAACGUCACUAAAGAAAAGGUACUCGAUCUUUUAAAGUGUGCUUUGCUUUCCAAGUCAACUCUGACAGAUUUCUUUCUAGAAAAGAAACCAUUGAUCCAGAGUCCAAGUGUUUUCUCCUGUAAUGUCGCAAACAGUAGUAAUAUCAAAAUCAGAUUGAAGCUAGUUUAUAGAAAAUCAGAUGGCAAGAUAUUGUAUGCUCAAGGAGAAAAAGAUUUUGCAGACUUACUUGUAAGUUAUCUCACAUUUCCAUUAGGAGGAGUCGUUCGUAUAUUAGGAGGGAACUGUUCUAUGGGUAACAUUGAUGGUUUGUACAAGAGCGUAGCCGAUUUGCAUGAAAACACAUAUUUGACAAGAGAAGCAAAGAAAAGACUUGUUGAUCCACAUUUGGCACCUCACUUCAAAUUAAACAUGCAGAUAUUACCUAUUCAAGAGCCUCGUGUGAAGCAUUAUUGUUACUAUAAUAAGUUUCAAACUUUUCAGGAUAGUGUUGUUCAUAAUCAAUUUUUCGUUAGCGAUGAAGAUAGGAGUCGUGAAUAUGGCAGUUAUGAGAAAAAUGUUGGGCAACUGAACCUAGUUUGUAGUCAUCCCAAAUCACCUAAAGGAAAUGAUGAUGGUUAUAUCAAGGGAGAUGGACUAAGAAUAUAUAUGGUAACAGAUGACUUGAUCAUUGCACCAUCUUCUACAUUUUCUAUUUUACAUUUAAUCAACCACUUCAAAAUUCCUCUUGAUGAUAUGAAGGAAAAGCUCGUCACCAUUGGCAUUAAGGAGUGUCUGAGCAUAUUAAAGGCAUCUUUGUCGUCAUCAUCUGCUCUAACAAAUGGUCUUCGUCACUUAUUAACCAACAUUGAGGGGGAGAAAUUUUAA